CAACCUGUCCUCUCUGCAUCCACAAAGGGAAAGAGUUUGAGGCAUUUUGGGAAACAGGAUGAAUUCUUUAUUUUACACGGGCUGUUUCCUUUCGAUGCUUGGCCUAGGCCAGGCAUGGUGGAUCUUUAACAGCAAUGAGGAGCAACUUGAACCUCAAACAGAUAUCGAGCAGUCUUGCCUGGAUGCCGGAAAUGACGCUUCCUGUGCUGUGUAUGGCUGCAUUCAGAGACGAUUCCCGUGCUUGCCUCACUCCUUCGUCAUUGAUCACGGCGAGAACUACUGUCGCCGCUACCAGAACCAUUUUGACCUCUUUGAUGCCGCGGGUCAGGACUGGAUCACACGAUCGCAGGCGUGUAUGUCUCGGACGAUGGCCGACAUGUACCGCUUGCCCUCUACCACUUGUCAUGCGCUGAACAGCGAGGGCUGGGACCGGAUGUCCGCUUGUUACGUCAGAGAGGGCUUCUGUAGCAUUGCCUGGGACAAUCGUGAGGCCCUCUGGCAAGUGUUUCAAGUACACGACCUCAGACACACGAUCAGAAUGUGGCGAGAAAUUGUGGAGAUCGCUAUUGGAUGUGGUGAACAACAACUGGGCCGAUUUUCAAUCUGGGCAUUGGAAAAAAUUGCUGUAUUUCGCGACAAAUAAACACGACGCUAAAAAUGUAACCUCAGAUGUUUCCCUGGUGUAUGUCACAAUUGGAAGUUAAUGACUCUUACUCCAGGAUUACUUCUGGGAAGUAAGAAUUAUUCUUUUGUUGUUAUUUUUUAAUGAAUUAAAAAGUCAUUAAAAACAU